ACUCUGCUGAGGUCAGCGCGUGCACUGGGCAAGCUCGGAACGUUUGACAAACAGGAUAAUAUGUCCCUCAAACGCCACCGUAGGGAAGAAAAAACCCAAUGCGAGUGAUUUGUCUCCUUGCGGCUUCCGUAGUCCAAAAAUAAACAUGGCCGAGUAUUCAUGUGUCAAGAAAACGAAGCUGGUUCUUAAAGGAACGAAAUCAAAAAGAUGUAGUUUGAGGGGCCAUCUAGUCCAACCCCCUGCCAUGCAAGAAAAGCACAAUCAAAGCACCCCCAAAAGAUGGCCAUGCAGUCUCUGUUUACAAGGCUCCAAGGAAAGAGCUUCCACUACACUCCAAGGGAGAGAGCUUCACUGCAGAACAGCUCUUACAUUCAGGAUGUUCUUCCUAAUGUUCAGUAAGAAAAACAAAGAUAAAAAAAGAAAAAGAGAAGAAAAUGUUGAGGAUCAGCUUGAUAUUGUUGAAGGCUGGUGGAAAGUAAAAAACUUUGGUGAAAUCACAGGAACUGUAGCAAUAGAAAUGGGUCUCGGAACAUACAUCAGUGCUCUUGACAAUGGUCUCUUUACUCUUGGAGUCCCUCAUAAAGAUGAAGGCCCUAGCCCACCUGAACAAUUUACUGCUGUCAAGCUGUCUGAUACAAGAAUUGCUUUGAAAUCAGGCUAUGGCAAAUAUCUUGGCAUUAAUUCAGAUGGAUUGGUUAUUGGACGUUCUGAUGCAAUAGGUUCCAGAGAGCAGUGGGAGCCCGUAUUUGAAGAGGGGAAAAUGGCUCUGUUAGCAGCAAACAGCUGCUUUAUCAGCUGCAAUGAAGAAGGUGAUAUAGUAGCCAAAAGUAAAACAGCAGGAGAUGAGGAGAUGAUUAAGAUCAGAAUGUGUGCAGAAAGAGAAGCCAAGGAAAAAGAUGACAUUCCAGAUGAAGAUAAAGGAAACAUUAAGCAAUGUGAAAUAAACUAUGUGAAGAAAUUCCAGAGUUUUCAAGAUCGCAAACUCAAAGUAAGCCAAGAAGACAGUAAAGCCCUGAAAAAAGCUAGAAAAGAAGGCACUUUUCAUGAGGCAUUGCUGGACAGGAGAUCAAAAUUGAAAGCUGAUCGAUACUGCAAGUAGCUGAAACUGCAGCUGUUUAUGUUCCCUCUGUUGGUGGCUCUUUUGUAUAUAAGUUGUUUUAAAAAUCAUUUUAGUUGGAAUAAAUUUCAAUCACACUGAAA